AUGGUGCAAGAAUAUAUUGGACAAUCCUCAUCACAUGCGCCGGCAUUACGGGCGGACGUAUGCCUGAUCGGUUGUCAUCGUCUACCGACACUCGCCCCUCUUCAGAGCAGUAAGGACGAAAUUCCAAGAGGGCAGCAGUUGUAUUUAAAGUACAAUUCAUUAUUUAAUAAAGCUGUGCCGUUAACAAUCAAAGCCUAUAUAAGACAUAUUGUACAAAAAAGAGAAAAAUCUCUUAAUACUAUUCUUACAAACAGAAAAGAGGACAUUAAAACGUUUUACAGUGAUUUGUACAAGGUACUGUUUAAUGAUAACAAUGACAAUUUUGAUGCGCAAAUAGAGUCGUGGGGAUUAUCAACUCUCUGUGGUGUUGCUUUUGCACUAACUGACAAUUCACAGAUUGAUUGUAUAAAAUGCAUCUUAGACCAAAUACUCGAUCUUGAAAACUAUGCAGAGAAAAAUUAUAUGGACUAUGAUAUCUUCGCGCAUAAAUGGAAAGGUUUAACGAAGUCAUUACUCACACUUUGCACAGAUACAGACGCCAACCUUAAGUGCAAAACUUUGAUUUAUUCAUUUGACGAGUCAAAGGAAAUUCAGGUCAGCAAAGAACUUCAAAUCGUAUCUGAAUAUGAUGUACAUACAGAAUGUAAAUCAGAAAGUAACAUGCUUAGUGAUGUGGAUCAGAAACAGCAUACACAUACCUGCAUAGAAGGGAACCAGUGUGAACCAGCAAUGGAGGCGAGUAAGGACGAAAUUCCAAGAGGGCAGCAGUUGUAUUUAAAGUACAAUUCAUUAUUUGAUAAAGCUGUGCCGUUGACAAUCAAAGCCUAUAUACGACAUAUUGUACAAAAAAGAGAACAAUCUCUUAAUACUAUUCUUACAAACAGAAAAGAGGACAUUAAAACUUUUUACAGUGAUUUGUACAAGGUACUGUUUAAUGAUAACAAUGACAAUUUUGACGCGCAAAUAGAGUCAUGGCGAUUAUCAACUCUCUGUGAUGUUGCUUUUGCACUAACUGACAAUUCACAGUUUGAUUGUAUUAAAUGCAUCUUAGACCAAAUACUCGAUCUUGAAAACUAUGCAGUGAAAAGUCAUAUGGACUAUUGUAUAUUCGAGCAUAAAUGGAAAGGUUUAACGAAGUCAUUACUCACACUUUGCACAGAUACAGACGCCAACCUUAAGUGCAAAACUUUGAUUUAUUCUUUUGACGAAUCAAAGGAAAUUCAGGUCAGCAAAGAACUUCAAAUUGUAUCUGAAUAUGAUGUACAUACAGAAUGUAAAUCAGAAAAUUACAUGCUUAGUGAUGUGGAAUUUAAAUUACAACUCGCAGACAUAGUAGUAAACGUUGGCGAAUCAGUUAUCCUUUUUUGUGAGCUUAACAAAGACGAAUUGCAAGUUAUUUGGGCAAAAGAUGGUGACAUUCUCACAAACACGAAAAGCGUCCAUAUUUUAGCGAACAAAGGCACACAUGUUCUACUAAUUCCAAAAGCAACGACUGAACACAGUGGCAAAUAUACCUGUGGAUAUUUAGAUCUGUCCACAUCAGCUUCCGUUAUAGUUUCAAAGCAGGAACUGCAUUUUGGCAAAUCCUUACACAUUAAUGGUGACGUGGAUAUCAGAGAAGAUAUGAAAGUUUCUCUUAGUUGUACUAUAAACAUACCAGGCAAGAUACCGCAAUGGUUCCACAACGACCAAGAAAUUGACGUAGAAAAUGAAAACGUAACUAUCAUGUCGACGAAAUGUGAACAUACGCUUAUCAUACAGAAUUUUGAGCUUGCUGACGAAGGAGAAUAUAUGGUUGCGUUUGACAGAUUGACAUCAAAAAUAUCAGUCAAAAUUAAAGACACAUCAGGUCCUAAAGCUCUUAUCAUACAGAAACAAAUAAAGGAAGAAUUGUUUAAAUACUGGAUGCGAGGAGUGCUUGGCCUCAAAUAUCUUAAAGUUGGACUGGAGUCACAAGCCGAAAAAGCUGUCACUUCCCAUCAUGUUCAGAUUGUAAAGGAUUUUCCAUCAUCGAUGAAAAAAUGUACAGAAUGUAAUUGCGAAAAUCUCCUACCAUUGCACUCAAAAAGACAAUGUCCAACAAAGCAGAGGAAUAGACGAAAAUGUCCAAAUAAUGAUCAAUGUAGCAAAAUUUAUGACUUGAUAGUCCAGGACCACCGCUUCAAGGACCCGGCCUUGAAAAACAGCAGUAUGGAUAAAUGGAGAACUGAUGCAUGGAGUAUCGCAGCUUGUUACAUAAGUCAUGAAGUCCAUACAUUAGAAUAUAGACGUAAAGAAUCAGCAAAAGAAUUGGAUUGUGCACAGCUGCUCACUUUGUUUGUCAACAACAAAGCAUACCUUCCAGGCACAAAUUAUGGCUUGUUUCAAAUGGCAAGAAGGCAUAGAAACGAAUUGCUGCAUAAUGCGAGCUACGAGAUUACCGAAGCCAAGCUGAGUGAAUACUUAACGGAUUUUCAAGCUGUUUUGAAGAUCACAGAUAAUUCAAAUCAAAGGGUUUUUAAACAAGAUGAAGUCGAACAAUCAUUAGAAGCCCUUAUUGAAUUACAAAACAAUGAAAUUGAUAUUAACACAAAGGAAGAAAUCGCAAAAAUGAAGAAAGAUAUUCGAGAUGCGGCCAUGAAUGAAGCUGCAACACAACUUGAAUCUGCCUUGCGUCAGAAAGAUGAAGAAUUCCGGAUCUUGCAAGAAAAGAUAAUAGAUUGUGAUAGAAAGACGGAAGAGGGAAAUGGCGUGCAUGACAAACAUAAUAAUAGUACUGGAAGUUCAUUGUAUUGCAUGGGACACGAUAGAUUAUUUUGUAAGUCAUGUGAAGAGAGAAAAUACAGUUAUUCACAACGCCUCCCUGGGAAACCGAGAUAUGACAUGAUAUACAUGGAUACAGUUACACUAACAUGGGAUCCACCAUCAACAAUUGAGGAUGGCGACUGUUAUCAAAUCAGUUAUAAAGAAAGUAUCCACGAGGAAAAUUGGAAGUUUUAUCAAGGUGAAUUUCAUUUUUCAACUGCCGUCAUAUGCGAUUUGAAAUCAAAUACAGCUUUUGUUUUCCGAGUUCGUGUAGUUAAUGAGGAUUGCAUGGGUCCUUACAGUGAGCAAAGUGAUGAAAUUUUGACAUUACAAUCACAAGCUUCAAGACUUAUGCACUCAUCAGUUCUGAUAGAGAAAGGAAAUCCGUCACCAUCCAAAUAUGCAUUACCAUUAUCUGAAAUAAGGGAGGCAAGAAAUGAACAAGCGAAGACAACUAAAUUUCAGCUCGGUGCACCACCGACAAACAGUUGUAAACCAAAGACAAUUAUGCUAGUUGGGGCUACAGGAACAGGAAAAAGUACCUUAGUAGAUGGAAUAGUAAACUAUGCGUUACGUGUUCAUUGGGACGAUCCGUUUAGAUUUACAGUUAAAAAUGUGGAACAAAAGGUUGUAAAUGAAACAGAAUGGAUAACCUGUUACACACUCAACCCAGAGAUGGGAAGUCGUCUUGACUAUCCAUUAAAUAUCAUUGAUACCCCAGGUUUUGGAGAUACAAGAGAUCUGAAAAGAGAUGAGGAAAUUGUUCAACAAAUCAAACAAUUAUUUACUGAAAAAGAGCCAAAGUGUCAAAAAGGCAUAGAUGCAGUUUGUUUUCUCAUAAAAUCCCAAGAUGCUCGUCUUACAGCUGCCCAAAGCUAUUGUUUUCAAUCAAUAAUGUCACUUUUUGGCAGAGAUAUUGAAAACAACAUUUGUUCUUUUGUAACAUUUGCUGACGACAAUGACCCACCUGUUCUAGCUGCUUUAAAGCAAUCAGGAUUGCCCUUUGGUAAGAGUUUCACAAUCAAUAACUCCUGUCUGUUUGUCAAGAACUUUGAUAUCAGUUCUUCUAAUUCAUCUCCAAUGUUUUGGGACAUGGGAUUCAAAUGUUUCCGAUCAUUUUUUGCUCACCUGGAGCAUGUAGAAACAAAAAGUCUUCAAUUAACGAGAGAUGUUCUUGAUCAACGUUCAAAGCUGGAAGCGACAAUUAAACACUUGCGGCAACAACUAGACGCGGGACUGUCUAAAGUUAAUGGUAUGAAGCAGGAGAUACAGAUUAUUGAGCAAUAUAAAAAUGUUCUAAAGGAUAAUCAAAAUUUCGAAUAUGAGGUAGAGGAAAUGCAACAAAAGAAAAUAGAAUUACCCCGUGGCCAGCAUGUCACCAACUGUACCAAUUGUCAUUUCACUUGUUGCGAUAAUUGUGAUAUCGCUAAAAACAAAAAGGGCAAAUGUUCUGCAAUGGGAAGCGAUGGAAAAUGCAAGAUAUGUCCGGACAAAUGCCACUGGACGGAGCAUGCUAACGCAUCGUACAUAUUUAAAUAUAUAACUGUCAAAGUAAUGAAAACAUAUUCAGGAAUGAAAAGACAAUAUAAUGAUGUGAGAGGAAAACUUUUGUCACAAGAACAAAUAGUAGGAGAGCUUGGAGAAAAAUUAAAUGGCUUACUAGACGAUAUUGAAGACAAGAUGGUUGCCAUAAAAACGUGCAAUGAGCGUUUGAAGGAAAUUGCACUGAGACCAAACCCAUUAACAAUAACACAGCAUAUUGAUUUGGUGAUAGAAAACGAAAAAUUUGAAAAGAAAGAAGGGUUCAUGCAGCGGAUAAAUAUCCUAAAUGACUUCAGGAAAAGGGCUCAGAUUUCUAUCGAUGUAGAAAACUUCAUCAAAAUAGCUCGAUCUACCCUAGGUGCUGUUGGGAUGAAGAGGGACUGAAACACAGAUUUUAAAAUAUUCAAUCAAACACAUAAUCUUAUACAAUCAGAAAACAUGUAGCAAACCGGUCUCUUGUUCCUUCUUAUAGUGUAUGAUAGUACAUUGGAUAAACAUUCAAAAGGUCCUAUGUUUUAGUUAAUCUCAGGAAAAAAAUCUUAAUUGAAACAUUAAAAAUAUUACACCACUGAAUCUCUGCAAUAAAGAGAUUGAAAUAUGACAAAUAAGAUCAACAAAAAAGGCGGCACUCAGUGAACGCAUCCCACAACACCGGAAAGGAUCCCAGCAGGACACCAAACAGGACAAUGCAAACGCGCAAAAAACGGAAAAGGCCACCACAAACCAUUCAAAAUAGGAAAGCAUAGUAGCCUACAAGGUAUCCAAAGAAAAAACUUAAUUAUAAGACCUACAAAAGGA